AUGAGCCAGCGUUACUCGCCGUACGGUGCCGCGGCUCCGCAUGGCCAGGCAGGUGGUUUUGCCAAGGCCACUGGCACGGGCACUGUCAAGGCUUGGAUGGAGAACAGAGGGAUGGGCUUCAUUGCUCCGAACGACGGCUCCCAAGACCUUUUCGUGCAUAGAAGUUACCUAGCAGAUGGAGGAGCGCUUGUGGUUGGUUCGCCCGUGACAUUCACGGCGGAUUAUGACGUGCAGAAGGGCAAAGCGAUCGCCGUGAAUGUCUUCGGAGCCGUUCCUCAACCCAUGCAGCGCCUCAGUCACACUAGCAGAUAUCGAGGAAGCGAGUCCACUGACAUUGUAGCCAUGAGGUCGACGUGA